AUGGACGCUACCACCACCGAACGUACCUAUACCGACGAGGAGCUCGAUCGCGAAUGGAAGCCCACCAGCCGUCGUCCGUUGUCAACCAUCGCUCGCUCCUUUUCCGAUGAGCUGAUGGACAUUUUCCGCAUCGACAACUCGGUGGCCGAUCUCGACCACCAGGUUGACACCAGACGAGCCAAGGUCAACCGCAACACAAUGGAGCUUGCGUCCCUCGAGGCCCGCCUCCGCGAGAUGGAAGAACGUCUCAAGCAGAGCAAGCAGGGUCAGCGAAGCCGCCCCGAUCUCGAACUCAACACGUCCGACAUGGCCAAGCAGGCUCCCACCCACGCACCGCCUCCUCCCCCGACCAAGGACGACAAGGCUCGCUCCCGUCCCGGCACCGCCCGUGCGCCCCAGCAAGCCCCUAGUGCUGGUAACAUGCCCCCUACCCCGGGCGGCAGUGAAGACGGCGACCACCAGUAA